AUGGCAGAGCGGCAACAACAGAAGCACGAAGGCAGGGUAAAGAUCGGCCAUUACAUCCUGGGCGACACGCUCGGAGUGGGGACAUUCGGCAAAGUAAAGAUCGGCGAGCAUCAGUUGACGGGCCAUAAAGUGGCUGUAAAGAUCCUGAACAGACAGAAGAUCCGCAGCCUCGAUGUUGUGGGGAAGAUCAAACGAGAGAUUCAGAAUCUCAAACUGUUCAGACACCCACACAUCAUCAAGCUGUACCAGGUGAUAAGUACACCCACAGAUUUCUUCAUGGUGAUGGAGUAUGUGUCUGGGGGUGAGCUGUUUGACUACAUCUGCAAACAUGGACGGGUAAGUCAUUUAAUCUAUUCAUUGACUGCUAAAUCUGAGUCAGAAACUGUGGAGGACACAGAGGCACGCCGUCUUUUCCAGCAGAUUAUCUCAGCUGUAGACUACUGCCACAGACACAUGGUGGUCCACAGAGACCUCAAACCGGAGAAUGUCCUGCUGGACGCCAGCAAAAACGCCAAGAUUGCAGACUUCGGUCUGUCAAACAUGAUGUCAGAUGGGGAGUUCCUGAGGACGAGCUGUGGCUCACCCAACUAUGCCGCUCCAGAGGUCAUCUCAGGAAGGCUCUAUGCAGGCCCAGAGGUGGACAUCUGGAGCUGUGGGGUGAUCCUGUAUGCCCUGCUGUGUGGCACCCUGCCCUUUGAUGAUGAGCAUGUCCCCACGCUCUUUAAGAAGAUCAGAGGAGGAGUAUUUUACAUCCCAGAGUACCUGAACCGCUCUGUGGCCUCGCUGCUGAUGCUCAUGCUACAGGUGGACCCUCUGAAAAGAGCCACCAUCAAAGACAUCAGGGAGCACGAGUGGUUUAAGCAGGAACUGCCAGGCUACCUGUUCCCUGAGGACCCAUCAUACGACGCUACAGUCCUGGACGAAGAGGCAGUCAGAGAAGUGUGUGAGAAGUUUGAAUGCAAUGAGUCAGAGGUCAUGUCCAGUCUCUUUAGCGGGGAUCCACAGGAUCAGCUAGCAGUAGCCUAUCACCUCAUCAUAGACAAUCGGCGCAUCAUGACCCAGGCCAGUGAGUUCUACUUGGCCUCCAGUCCUCCCCAGGGGUCAUUUAUAGAGGAGGGCAUGCUGCUGCCCCCAGGGGUUAAACCCCACCCAGAGAGGAUGCCUCCACUACUGGCUGACAGCCCCAAGGCUCGUUGCCCACUGGAUGCUCUCAACACCACUCGGCCUAAACCUUUGGCAGUGAAGAAAGCCAAAUGGCACCUGGGCAUCAGGAGCCAGAGCAGACCCUAUGACAUCAUGGCUGAGGUGUACAGGGCUAUGAAACAGCUCAACUUUGACUGGAAGGUGGUGAACCCGUACCAUCUGCGAGUGCGGAAGAAGAAUCCAGUGACAGGCAACUUGGUGAAAAUGAGCCUGCAGCUAUACCAGGUGGACAACAGAUCCUACCUCCUCGACUUCAAGAGCAUUGAUGAUGACAUCAUUGAGGCAGCGGGCUUUAAAUCGGGUUCGUCCACUCCUCAGAGGUCGGGCUCUACAGCCGGUCUCCACAGACCGAGACUGAGCAUUGACUCAGCAAGCCCAGCAAUGGAUCUGCCUCAGCUCAGCUCCUCUCUGCCAGGCUCGCUGUCCGGUAGCUCCCCUCUACUCACCCCACGUCAGGGAUCACACACCAUGGACUUCUUUGAAAUGUGUGCCAGUCUGAUCACCACACUAGCACGCUGAGACCUGUCGACUCCUAACCUCACUGUAACGUGGAUGUCAGUGGGGUUUUUAAGCCAAGUGCAGAUCUGGG